AUGCCCAGUCAUUGCUGCGUCUACGAUUGUAAAAUGAAAGGGUAUAGAGGCGAUGAUGGCAACAAGAUCUCUUUCUAUAAAUUCCCUACGGAAAACGUUUUAAAAUCAAAGUGGAAACAUGCCAUUAGAAGAGAAGAGGAUCUACACUUUAAGAUAACAGAGUCGACAAAAGUCUGUUCGAGACAUUUUAGAGAAAGCGACAUUAGGAAAACACUAGCAGGAAAGUGUCUUUUGAAGUUAGACGUGGUACCUUCGCUGUUUCCUUGGAUGCGUACAGCACCACGUAAAAGAGAGCCACCAAAGGAAAGAUCUUGCACUGCAGUUAUCAGUGAAUCACAGAAUGCAGAGGAAGAGAAUAUUGUGGAUCAAAUCGAGGAAUUCAGUGAAGUCUCAGAAGAUGUUCCAUUAAUAUUUGUCGACAUUGCCACUCAGACUGAUUGCGAUGCAAACGAGUUCGAAGCCAUUGUCAGAGAGAUCACAAUUAGAGACGAUAAAGCGGCACAUUUUUAUACCGGGUUCGAGAAUUGGGACGCGUUUAUAGUCAUCUACAGAUAUCUUAAACCAGGCCAAAAAGGGGAAAAUAUUAGGUACUGGAAUGCAUCUAACACAAAUGUUUCUACUGGUGAAAUAGAUAAAGACAGAGGAGGAAGACCAAGGACACUAAAUCCUUUACAAGAGUAUUUUUUAGUAAUGUGUCGUCUUAGGCAAGGAUUUCCUGAACAACAUCUAGCUCAUUUGUUUGACAUAUCCUUGUCAACUGUGAGUAGAACGUUCAUUACGUGGCUUAACUUCAUGUUUUUGAAGCUAGGCGCUGUGAAUAUAUGGCUAUCACGACAGGCAGUUGACAGUACUAUGCCUGAAGAUUUCAUUAAGAAAUAUGCAUCGACUAGAGUGAUCACCGAUUGUACUGAGAUUAAGUGCCAAAUGCCAAGCAGCCUUCAAUUGAAUGGAGAACUUUUCAGUAGCUACAAAAAUCACACGACAUUGAAAGGCUUGAUUUGUAUUUCACCUGGUGGAACUUUUACUUUUGUAAGUCAAUUGUACACUGGCAGUAUUUCUGACCGAGAAAUUUUGAUGAGAAGUGGUUUCUUGGAUCUACCCUUUGACAACAAUGACUCAGUAAUGGCUGACAAAGGUUUCACCAUAGAAGAUAUUGUACCUUUAGAUGUAUCCCUAAAUUUACCCUCCUUUCUUGGAAGCUCAGCACAGAUGUCUUCUGAGGACGUCAUWAAGACACAAGAAAUUGMUGGACUCAGGAUUCAAUUGAUACACAAUUGA